CGGUCCCACCUGUCAUUUAGACCGGGUCGUGAGGUUUUUAGUUCCUAGAGCCGGGACGUUUCGCAGGCUCGACGCAAUUAAAACAGACUCACCACUGUUUCAUUACAAGGACUAUAAUUUAACAUUGAAUCAUGGCAGUGAACACAGGCACUUCACUAGUGCUGUCCAGCCUGCUGUCAGUGCUGGUAUUUGCUGGGAUGCAGAUGUUCAGUAAGCAGCUGGGAUCCACUGAGUGGCUUACCAUCCUGGGAGGUUUCCUGGGCUCAGUGCUCUUCAUCUGCUCCCUCACUGCAUUCAAUAAUCUGGAAAACCUGAUUUUUGGGAAGGGAUUCCAAGCCAAGAUAUUCCCAGAGAUUCUGCUGUGCCUGUGCCUGUCGCUUUUUGCCUCUGGUCUGGUACACCGUGUCUGUGUCACCACAUGCCUCAUCUUCUCCCUCUUUGCCUUGUAUUACAUCAACAAAGUAUCUGCUGCCCUUUACCAAGCAGCUGUUCCCUCAGUAACACCCGCCAAGGCUUCCAGCAAGGGCAAGAGGAAGAACUGAUGAAUCUCUUGGAUCCCACUUGAAUCCAUCUAACUAGUCAAUAUUACCCAGGUGCUGAUAGCCAGUGUGACCCAGCAGUUGCAUAUUUUGUCACAGCAAUUUCUUAAAUCCGUGACCCUUGGUGUAUUUAUGCAGACUUUUUAAAAAAUUUGGUAUGGGAAUAUUACUUGGAAAGUGAUGAUCAUUUCAGUGAUUACAAGCUUGUAGUUGUUACAACGACAUAGUUAUUUUUUUUUAUAAUGAUCUCAAAUUUGAUUUGUGGAGAAAUGUUAUUGGUAUACUGUAGGUUCGGCCAUAAACAUAGCUCAACAGCUAACUACAUUCCACUGAUAACCUUUUCCUCAGCACUGUUUUUACACUGGUUGCAAAGAGAUUCCUGCGUCCCAUCAUGUUGUUUGUAUAUUCAUCAGCACUUCAGGUUGCUUUUUUUGUUUAAUUCGUUUUGUAAUUAAACUACGUAAAAGAUA